CAGAGCCCGAGUGCACGCGGAGCGAUGGCUGCAGCAGCAGCAGCAGCCCUGGAUUGUGUUUACGACGCAGGGCACGAGAGCGGCAACCUCGGGAGAAACGGACAACGUGCGCAUCCGAUUUUUAAACGUACAAUCACUCGAUAGUCCUGAGCUUUCAUCAGUCCGUUUGACGUCCCCUUCCCUUCAGCGAGGCUGUCUCCCGUUCGGUUUCAAUCGUUGUUUUCGGAGUGCAGCUGCAAGGGAGACGAACAAGCCUCCCGACGCUAUGAGAUGAGGAGCGCGAGCCAACCGUGGAAACGAGAAACCAAUCAUCUCUACCAUCAAAAUAUCACGCACUUCGACGCCAACGCGCUGAUACCAGAAUCUAGAACGGCCCCCGUCGCCGUCCACAUCCAGCGGUGCUACCUGCACUUAGCUGGGGGAACCCGAGAGCAUCCCUCCAUCCCACCCAGUCUAUCCUUUCCCUCUCUCACCCAAUCAUAUGCCUGAGCUUUAGGUGGUCUCAUCUAGUCAGGGACCAGGGGGGAAGAAGAGGGAGGCUGUUCGUGGACGCUCGAGACGCACCCUCCGCGUGGUGAGGCUGGGUUGAAGCGCCGCUGUCUCGGAGGAUGCUGCGGGAGUAGAGCGGCUCUGAGCGGAAGAUGGGGAAAGAUCAGGAACUGCUGCAGGCGGUGAAGACCGAGGACCUGCUCACCGUGCAGAAGCUUCUACAAAGGCCCCGGCCAGGGAAAGCAAAGCUCCUCGGUUCUGCAAAGAAAGUGAAUGUCAACUUCCAGGAUACAGAUGGGUUUUCUCCAUUGCACCAUGCGGCGCUCAAUGGGAACCUGGAGCUUAUCACUCUGCUGCUGGAGUCACAGGCUGCUGUUGACAUCAGAGACCAGAAAGGUAUGCGGCCGCUGCACUACGCAGCCUGGCAGGGGAAGGCGGAGCCUAUGAAGAUGCUGCUGAAGUCCGGUUCAUCUGUCAACGGCCAAUCAGAUGAAGGACAGAUUCCUCUCCACCUGGCAGCACAGCACGGCCACUACGAUGUGUCGGAGAUGCUGCUGCAGCACCAGUCCAACCCGUGUAUUGUGGACAAUGCAGGCAAAACACCUCUGGACCUGGCCUGUGAGUUCGGCAGAGUUGGGGUGGUCCAGUUGUUGCUGUCCAGUAAUAUGUGUGCUGCUUUGCUGGAGCCCAAAAAGGGAGACACCACCGACCCCAACGGGACGUCUCCACUCCACUUGGCUGCCAAGAACGGACACAUAGACAUCAUCAGACUGUUGAUCCAGGCAGGUAUCGACAUCAACAGACAGACCAAAGCGGGCACUGCCCUGCAUGAAGCUGCCCUGUGUGGAAAGACCGAGGCAGUGAGACUCCUGCUGGAAAGUGGUAUCAACGCCACAGUGAGAAACACCUACAGCCAGACUGCACUCGACAUCGUCUACCAGUUCACUGCAACCCAGGCCAGCCGAGAGAUCAAACAACUGCUGAGGGAUGCAUCCGCGGCCCUCCAGGUUCGGGCUCUGAAGGAUUACUGCAACAACUAUGACCUGACCAGCCUAAACAUCAAAGCAGGAGAUGUCAUUACGGUUCUGGAGCAGCACCCUGAUGGACGCUGGAAAGGCUGUAUUCAUGACAACCGUACAGGAAAUGACCGGGUGGGCUACUUCCCUUCCACCAUGGUUGAAGUCAUCAGCAAGCGCACAGGUUUGGCCAGCACAGUCAUUUGCACUCAACAGUUUCAAAAGAUACCGCUGGUUCCUCCGGCGACGGUUGCCCCUGCCAACGCGGUAGUCAACGGCAACGACACCACGUUCCAUCAGAUCCAUAUCCUGCCUCCACCGCCUCCUCCUCCACCACAUUCCCAUCAGCCACUGCUUCCACUUUUCACUUCCUUUGGCUAUAGCAAGUCGCCCGUGACAACCCCACAGGGAGACACACCCACUGCCCCAGGUUGUCGCGGCUCAGAGGCAAGUCCUCACAGCUCUCCUACCACAUCCCGUGGGCCCCAUGGAGGCUCCAACGAAGAGAUCUGGGUACUGCGCAAGCCCGUGGCAGGUGGGGACCGCAGCAGUGUGGGUAGUUCUGGCAGUGUGACCAGUGUGAGGUCGUCGGGCAGCGGUCAGAGUGCCGGCAGUGCACACAUACUCCAUGCACAGGCUGAAGGGGUGAAGCUUCUCGCCACAGUCUUGUCCCAGUCCGCCAAAGCCAAGGAGCAUCUACUGGAGCAGUCCAAGUCUGUGGACCAGCCUGCAGCAGGCUCUGCCAGCUCCUCUCGGACAUCAAGCCAAUCGGGCUGUCCACUCCACGAAGCGCCGCCUUAUGAUGCCACGGCAACCAGGAAGGGGGAGGGGCAAGGCGAGGGGAAGAGCUCAGAGGCCGUUGUCCAAUGGCUGAGCGACUUUCAGCUGCAGGUCUACGCUCCAAACUUCCUGGGCACCGGGUAUGACUUGCCCACCAUUAGCCGAAUGACCCCGGAGGAUCUGACAGCUAUUGGAAUAAGUAAACCAGGUCACAGAAAGAAGUUGACAUCAGAGAUUAACAAACUGAGUGUCACUGAGUGGCUGCCUGACCACAAACCUGCCAGUCUAGGAGAGUGGCUGUCUGCUAUUGGUCUAAGCCAGUACCACCAGGUGUUGGUGCAGAAUGGUUACGAGAAUAUCGAGUUCAUCACUGACAUCACCUGGGAGGACCUGCAGGAAAUAGGCAUCAUCAAACUGGGUACGUACAGAACGUACAGAAAGUACCGAAACUGUUUUUUUUGUCUUUUUUUCUCAGAGCUCAUGUCUCCAAAGAUGAGCACUUUCCAGGACAGCGAGUUGAGCUCCGAGCUGCAGAGUGCCCUGAUCCAGCCAGGACAGGAGGUCAAAGCUCAGCGAACCCGCAGCAAAGACCAUGAUGAGGUGAUGACAGGAGGGGGAGGAGGUGCCGGGCCACCUAAGAAAGAGGCGCGGACUAUGAGGCAGCAGAGCAGCCAGGGAAGCAGCUCCUCCCACAGAGGCAGCACCUCCUCCCAAGGCAAACACCGUCACUCCCACUCCCAGCCUGCGCCCCCUUACACGCCACCUCACACCCCUACCAAGACUAGAACCUCAUCUUCCUCCUCCACCUCCUCCAUCCAGAGCACAGCAUCCCCGCAGGCCAAACACAAGCCGCCCCCGCAGUUCAUCCAGGGGGAGAGGCCUCAGUCGCCGCGCUCCCACCCCCCUCAGUCUCCAACCCAACACGGACCUCCGUGUGCCCAGCUCCCGCCCCAGCAACCCCAGCAACAGCAGCCUCAGGUCCAACCUCAGCACCAUCCACAGAUGCAGGCGGUGGAGGUUAGGGAGAACCAGCAGCCACAGGUGCCGCUGCUCUGCCUCCCGCCAGAGGCGGAGCUGGCUGAUGGAGACGGAGAAGAGCCUUCUGCCCUGCAGAAGAAACGCUCCCACAGCCUCAACCGGAACGCCGUCUCAGAUGGGGAGUGUGACGAGAGAGCAGGUGGAGUUGGAGAGAGAGAGGGAGGUGGAGAGGGGGAAGCAGAGGUGGCGGGAGGUCAGGGCUCUGCUGCCGUCAGAAAGGACGGCGUUAAAUACGCCACGGUGACCCACCGCGUCAGCCGCAGCCACUCGGUCCGCAACCAGGACAAGAACGCCAGCCGCACCCUGACGCAGUCCUUUGCUCUGCGUCAGAAGAAGAAAGGCCCGCCCCCGCCGCCACCCAAACGCUCUAGCUCCAACAUCUCCACCUCCAACUCCAACCUGACGGACGCCAACACACUGCCGCACACGCUCACCACCACAGGGGGGAUGCUGGACGUGCCUUAUCACCAACAGCGACGGGCCAGCGACCUGGGGGUGUGUGUGGAGACGGUCGCCGUGGAGACGAGCAGCGUGGGUAGCGUGAGAAGCAUCGCCGCCAUGUUAGAGAUGUCUUCCAUAGGAGGUGGAGCCAAAGGCAUGGCGCUGCAGAGGAAUUUCCUGCAGGUGGGGAAAACACGCGAUGCCAUUGGUCUGGACGGUGAAGUGGUGAACCGUCGGCGGACCAUUAGUGGCCCUGUCAGCGAGCUGGUGGCAGCUGCCAGGCGUGAACAACCAACUCCCUCUGCUCCACCCUCUCCCUCCGUCCAGCCUGAGACCUCCCCUCCCCCUGUAAACUCCUCCUCCCCAAACCCUCCGUCCUCCCCUCACCCCAGCUCGGGAGGCAGUUCGUCAGAGAACCUUCCGUUUGCAGAUGAGGGAAGCCUGACCAUCCGCCGCCAAGGACGAGGAGAAGGAGAAGGACAGUGUGUAUUUUGUGUUUGUCUGCAGGGAGACGGCGAGGGUCCCCAGGGAGAUGGGGAUUACACGCAGGAGGACAUCUCCAGGGUUGAGGCCACGGCGACCUUAAAGCGACGGCCCCGCAGCUCCAAGCCCCACCCCAACGGCUCCGACUUCACCCUCCAGGAGUCGUCCACUGUCAAACGGAGGCCCAAGAGCCGUGACAAGGAGCCUGAAGGCUACGCAGACCUGGCUGCUAACGGAGAGCCUGUUGUGGCCGGGCAGCCCAACACAACGCAGCCAGUACCCUACCAGAACGGCACGGCCACAGUGAAACGCCGCCCGGCAUCUGACGCUGGCGUGACAGAGCAGCCGCAACCUCAACCUCAACCUCAACCUCAAGUGACUGCAACGCCCCGCAGGGACAGUGUGGACCAAGGCGCUCCAGUGGCCAAUGAAGCAGUCCCUGUGAGAAAACCAAAGCCUCCAGUCUCCCCAAAACCUGUGGUGGCACAGAUAAAGAGACAGGGUGGCCAACAGUCCCCCCCACAGCCAAUGUCCAACAAGAGAGUCCCCCUGCCUGGCCCGGGGACGCCUGGAAGCCCAGUGGACGGAAAGAAGAUCCCUCCACCUGUGUCGCCUAAACCUGCGCCCCCACCCACGGCACCCAAACCGGCCAAGCUCAUCCACUCCAUGACCAGCCCCUCCUCCCCUAACCCGGCCUCUGCCCAGGUCAAGCAGCACCAUGCGGUGGCCCGACAGACCAGCUCACCCCCCUGCUUCCCCCCUUCCAACAUCCCCAGCCCCCCAAACCCCAAACCGCUGAGCCCGUCUCCGCAGAGCCCUCACACCCCGCAGACCCCCACUACACCACAGACGCCCCAGACUCCCGCCACUCCCAGCCCGACCCCGCCACCCGUCAAGCCCCCUCGCUCCUCCAUCGGUGGGGUGUCGGUGGACACUGGGAUGGCGGGAGGCGGGGUCACGGUGCCGGCCGCUACGACACCGGAAUUCGGUGUAGAUUUGUUGGUGCAUCAGAAGCUGGAGGAGACAAGUGCGUCGCUGGCCGCCGCUCUGCAGGCCGUGGAGGACAAGAUACUGCGGCAGGAAGACUCUGUGGAUGAGCAGAAGACCACGGUUAGCAUCCUCGACGACAUCGGCAGCAUGUUCGAUGACUUGGCCGACCAGCUAGACGCCAUGUUGGAGUAACCAGUCAGCGUGUCUCCAUGGCAACGCUGCAUCAGGAGUGACUCAGAUGGCACAAUGGGCAAUAUGCCUCUCAAACUCUCUCUCCUUUUUUUCAUUCUUCUCUCUCUGCUCGCGCUCAUCGUCUAUCUCUCUCGUCCUGUUGUCCGUCGCUGCUCCGGAAAAGCUCUUUUCUCUCCUCCUCUUCCUCGUCCUUUCUACGCCUGUCGCCGAUGAUGAAAACAAUGACGGAGGAGCGCCACAGGCCUGGACAGACGUGUGGCAGAGAGGGUGCAAGAAUGAAGAACGGAUAAAGAGAGAGACACCAAAAGAGAGAGGGUAAAAAAAA